AUGUACUCCGACGAAAAGAAUUCCCAGCAGCAUCAAAUGCUUGUUGAACUACAAGGCGAUAUGCAGCAUCGUCACAGCUACGAGCACCAAGGAGCUCCACCAUCCUACCAAGAGACCAUUCCAGCGUCUCCUUCACAGACCACCAUGACUCUAUCUCGACCUAUUCUACUCCCUUGCUCCUCGAUCACAGGGGGUCUAGAAGCCACUCCUCCAUUCAUCAGAGCAUACCCUCCAGUCCUUGGCUCAUACGGAAUAUCCUCCUCCGAGUUUAUGGCCAUCGUGGACUCUCUGAAUAUUGCCCACGCCGAGCCAGCACCUCUCAAAGCGAUGCAGCUCGCCAGCGAUGGUGUAGGCUUUGUGCCAGACCCCAUUUGCCAAAGCGUUUCUCUAGGUCUUGGACUUGCAGCGGGCACCGCUACAGCCGCGUCUGCAAUCAUCAGAUCAAAACUUGUGUUGGACAGGGCGAAUCGAGAUGUCUUCGGGCCCAAGGGUUUGAAGAUGGAGAUUGUGAAAGAUGGAAAGGUUAUGCAACGACUCAGCGCUACAGCUAAGAGUCUAGAUCCGCUUCAGAGACUACAAGAGCUCGGCCCCUACGUUGAGGCAUUGUCUUUCGACGUCGAGCCUCCAACUAGACACAGCAAUGUGGUAGAUCGCAUCAGCGCAAAACAAGCGUCCAUGAAACAAGCCAAGAAAGAGAAAAGGAAGCAGAAAAAGGAGGACAAGAGGCUACACAAGCGCGAGGAAGCUGCUACAAAGUACAGCUACCCGAUUGCAUCCAUCGAAGAGCGAUAUGACUCUGAUACGGAAGAUCGGCUGCAGCUCGGAGCCAAGAUCGUUGGUCUGGAGUAUAAGAUCUUGGACAUCAAUGCCAAGGCUGAUGCGAAGCUCGAGCACGCGAGUGGUAAGAAGGUGGCCGAGAUUGAAAGGAGACGGAUGAAGGAUAUAGAGGAGGUGGAGAAAGAUCGAGCAAAAUUGGUUGAGAAGCACGACAAGGCUAUGGCUAAGUUGGAGAAGAAGUCCGAGAAGAGAGAAGAGAAGGAUGAGAAGAAGGUGUCUAAGCUGGAAUGGCUCAUGAUUUACAGUGUUUAA